AUGAGCACCCCUUCCCAGCCAUCCGCCUCCGGCGUCGGCACUCCGCCCGUCCCCCACGGCGUAGGCAAUCCCUCGGGAACGCCCCUCGUACUACCCACCCGCUCCUCACAAAAGGAUGGGAACAGCUCCCUGGGCACCUUCGGCGUCAAGUCCGGUCUUGCACAGAUGCUCAAGGGUGGAGUCAUCAUGGACGUCAUCAACGCAGAACAGGCGCGCAUAGCUGAGGAGGCUGGCGCGUGCGCCGUCAUGGCCCUCGAGCGAGUCCCCGCUGACAUCAGGAGAGAAGGUGGCGUCGCACGCAUGAGCGAUCCCCAUCUCAUCAAAGAAAUCGUCGACGCCGUGACCAUCCCCGUCAUGGCCAAGGUGCGCAUAGGGCACUUCGUAGAGGCGCAGAUCCUGCAAGCCAUCGGGAUCGACUACAUCGACGAGUCCGAGGUGCUCACCCCCGCAGACGAAGAGCACCACAUCAACAAGCACCCGUUCAAGGUCCCCUUCGUCUGCGGCGCGCGCAACCUCGGCGAGGCACUCCGCCGCAUAUCCGAGGGCGCGGCCUUUAUCCGCACUAAAGGCGAGGCGGGCACGGGCAACGUCGUCGAGGCCGUGCGGCACCAGCGCGCGGUCAUGAGCGAGAUCCGGCGCGCGACCAUCAUGAGCGAGGAGGAGCUCUACGCGUAUGCCAAGGACAUCCAGGCGCCGUUCCACCUCCUUAAGGAGACCGCCCGCCUGAAACGGCUGCCUGUCGUCAACUUCGCGGCCGGCGGCAUCGCCACGCCUGCGGAUGCUGCGUUGAUGAUGCAGCUCGGGUGUGAUGGAGUCUUCGUUGGAUCGGGUAUCUUCCAUUCGGGCGAUCCAGCAAAGCGCGCCCGCGCCAUCGUCCAAGCAGUAACACACUACAACAACCCAAAAAUCUUGGCAGAGAUUUCUGAAAACCUCGGCGCUGCGAUGGUUGGACUGACCAUUGAUUCCAACUUGAAAGGCGGCAGGAUGGCUGAACGAGGUUGGUGA